AUGAUGGUGCGUAGAUAUUCGACCUUCGAGAAGAAAGGGAAGCACUGUUGCCGGUUAACGACGAUCUCAAGGCCAGUUCGCUACGGUGAUGAGGUCAUGGACACGCGUGUUGAGGAGUCUAUUGAAGACCCACAGCUGGUGGCAGAUCAAGAGGAGGCCACUGCUUGGGAUGAUCAGCGUCGAUGGAGACGCGAUGAGUGGCGCGAAUGGGGCCGUGACGACUGGCAAGCAUCUGGACGAUGGUUGCAGAGUUGGCAACGGGAAGAGGCGAAAGACAGAGCCUAUUAUGAAGAGAAAAUUUUUCGGUCUUAG